CCACAAUGGCCAUCAAGAUCGUCAAGAAGCGCACCAACAAGUUCAAGCGCCACCAGUCCGACCGGUACCAUGGCGUCAAGGAGGCUUGGAGGAAGCCCAAGGGUAUUGACAACAGGGUGCGAAGACGCUUCAAGGGCCAGACCGCCAUGCCCAAGAUUGGCUACGGAAGCAACAAAAAGACCCGCCAUCUCCUCCCCAACGGACUCAAGAAGUUCCUUGUGAGCAAUGUCCGGGAUCUCGACGUCCUUCUUCUCCACAACAAAACCUUCGCUGCUGAGAUCGCCCACAACGUUAGCAGCCGAAACCGUACCGCCAUCCUCGACCGGGCAAAGGUCCUCUCCAUCAAGGUCACCAACCCUACCGCUCGCCUCCGAUCAGAAGAGUAAACAUGGCGCACUGGUCGACUUUCUACUUUCUCCAUGUACUCUUUUCUAUGAGCAUCUCCAUACACACAUGUCCUCAUGCCCUGUAAUGCUACCCUCCAAAAAAUUCCAAUAUGCCCAACGUCCUGGUGA